UCAACAAAAAAUAAGGGAAAAAUUUUUGUGAUUUCCGAAAAAAUAGUUCAAAAAUGGCAACAGUAAUAAAAUAUGUUGGUCGAACAUCGAAUCAAGUAGGCAAGACAGUUUGGGAGAUUGUUGGCAACUUGAAGAACUUCGGUGUCGGGCGUUAUUUCAAGCGAAAUUCCUUCGAAAGAUAUCCCGAACCUUGUUACAUGCGGAUCUUGAAAGUCGAAGCUUUGCCCGAAGAACCAAAUCGCAAAGUUCGUGUUUAUGUUGAGAGAGUAUUUCGAGGACAUCGUAUCGAUAGACCUGUUGAAAUGGAAUCGACAACAUACAAGCCAGAUUUUAUUUUGAUGCCACGAGAUUGGACUCCGCCGCCAUUACCUGAGGUUAAAAUAAGAGAAGUGCCGAGUACGAUGGAUUUACCGCCCAUGUUAAAAGAACUUAUGUGCAUCGAAAAAGAAACAGACACAAUACCAAAAAUACCGCUGAAACUCAAACAGGGCAUGUAUAAUUUCUACAAGCCCAAAGCGGAGGCAUAAAAGUGACUUUUUUAAGAUAGAACAUAAAUAAAAUUAUUAGAAUAAAUUGUAGAAGUUGUUGUUUUUUCAA